UUGGCCUAUAAAUGAACACAUUUGAUAAAUAAAAAAACAUAAUUAUAAUUAUGGAAUAAAAACGCUCAUUGUAGAGGCUGUCCCUCGGUCAUCCCAGGACUCUCGUUCUCUCUCUCUCUCCCACUGAUGCACCGAGGCGUGCCAGUGUGUUCAUGUGAUGCAGGAAGGAUGUGUCCUAAAAGAGUCAAACUGAGCCAAACUGCAUCACUUCUGAGUCCGAUCACCGCUCAGCACUCAUCUUCGGAGAAUCCCCCUUUCGCUUUGCGGUUACAUCGGGUGAAAGAGAAGAAACCGAGGAGAACGAGAGAAGGAUUGUGAGAUGGGAGCUACGGCAUCAUCCUCGCAGCGGGACGGUGGAUGUGCGGAGGACGCAGCGGCGGAGGAGCUCACUGCAGCGGCCAGCGAUGCUCGGGAUGAGGAAGAGGGCAGUGCUGAUGACAAGUUAUUACAGAAAAACGGGCAGAUCUCCAGUUUGAAUGUAAAGACACAGAACCAUGCAGAUGAAUUAGAUGGCAACUUUGAGGAGAGAGUACUUGCAGAUGCUGGUUCAGGGUUUGUUACCCUGAAAGAAGAUGGCACAGAAACAAUUGAAGACCUCCAGGAAAUGGAUGCUCUUCAACCAGUCAUGAAGAACGAGAGCACAGAGAUGGUUAAUGCAGAAGAAACUAUGGAGGACAACCAAGUGAAUGAUAUCAAUGACAUUGGCUUCAAAAAAAUCUUCAGAUUCGUAGGAUUAAAGUUUACCCUAAAAAAAGACACAUGUGAAAAGACUGAAGCAAAUGAGCCAGAAGAAAAAGUCAGAUGUGCCUCAGAGGACACCAGUGACAUCCAGGAAAACAGUGCAGUGGCAGCAAAUGAAAACACACCCGAUGAAACUCAAAAAAGUGAGUUAUCUUCCCAGACUGAUUCAGCUGAACCCUCUCAACAAACAGAAAAUAUAAAGGAGCUGGAUCAGGACUUAAAGACAUUGGAGGAUCAUGUGGAGGACACACCUGAGAAAGAACUGUCAAAAGAAGCAAGUCCUGAGUCGGAGGAACCGAUGUCACCAAUCAAGCAGUUCUUUACACAAGGAAUCUUUGCCAGUUUAAGAAAGAAAAAGAAAGAAGAGGAAAUGCAAAUGGAGAGUAAAGAAGAGGAGCUCAAAAGAAUUGAGAAAAUGGGUGUAGAAGAGGCAGAAAAAGAGGACAGUAAAUGUAUGUGCCUUGAUAUUCAUUAUAUUACUUCACAGGAAGAAAAGGAUUCACAGGAGAAAGAUAACGACGAAUUGUUACCUGAAGGAGAGCUUCAGAAUUCUCUAGAGAAAGAUAAGGUACAAGGAAGUCCACUUAAAAGACUUUUCAGGAAAUUUUCCACAAGAAGGCAGAGAGAAAGUAAAGCUGCAGAAAAGGUGAUGGAAGCUGAGGAACAAGUCUCUGAACAGCCCAAACCAUCCUCGGAAUUGAUAGAGCUUGCAAAAGUGGAGGAACCAAAAACUGCUGAAGAGGAGCUGGUGGCCGAUGUAAGCCCUCUAGAGUCCAAAAAGAAAUCUGACAUCACCGUUUCCUGGGAGGCACUGAUUUGUGGUGGCUCUGCUAAAAAAAGGGCUAGAAAAACAAAUGAGGAUGAAAAGUCAGAUAAAGGAGAGGGAUAUGAGAAGACAACUGACUCUCCACUUGGAAGUUCCAUUGAGGGUGAUUAUGAUCAUCUCACAUCAUCUAAUGAACAAACUGGAAGUCCUGCAGAAGGAGAGAUGGGAUCCACAUGGAAAACAUUAAAAAAGAUGGUCACCCCAAAGAGAAAGGUCAGAGCUGGAGAAAGUAGUACCCCGGAGCAGAUACCUUCAGACAGUGAGAUGAGCAAAGAUGAAUCAUUUUCUAUGAAGAAACUUAUUCCAGGGCAUAAAAAGAGAAAAUCGGAUGCAAGGAAAGACCAGACAUCCUCCCAUGAGGGUGCUAAGGAUCAUGAAACAGGUGAUGAAGAUGAUGAAACACCAGCUAUCAUUCCUCUGUCUGAGUAUGAAAUAAUUGAGCCUGAAAGUCUGAAGGAGGUGAAUGAACAACGAGUUGAAAUCACAAUCGAACAUGAGAUGCCAGAGAUGACAUCACAAGUGUUAGAACAGGACACAUCUACUAACCUAGUGCCCAAAAUUGCAGUUAAAGUUCCAGCUAACACUGGACCAACAGUCGUACAUGGAUUUUCAGAGGACUUUGAAGAACUUGCAGACUUUCUGAGCAAACAUCAGCAACUGAGUGAUAUUCCAGAAGAAGGCAUCAAUGAGGAAAGCAUUGAAACACCUGUAUCAUCGGAUGAGUGGACAACACAGGUUGACACCUUGGCUGAGGACAUUGUAGAGUUGACAGCUGAUGCGGUCACUGCUCCAGAACCAACAAGUGAGCAAAUUACUGGGGAUGACAGUACUGAAAUGGUCUCGGCAGUCUCACAACUAACUGAAUCUCCCAGGUCAUCUGGACAUGUUACACCAGUGUCAGCUGAAUAUGGCGUACAAACAUCAGAUGUGAUCCUACAGGAAGCCAUUCAAUCCAUUUGCAUGACUCCAAGUGUUCAAUCAGUAACUACAAAAGAGGAAAGCCAAGAAUCUCUGGCUGUGUCAUUUUCACCUUAUAUUGUACAGUCCUCCACAACAGAAGAAACAAAGGUUUUGGUUGCGCAUAAGAAAACUGAGGCAACAGCAAUAUGUACAGGCCUAGUAUCUCAAGAAAUAGAAUCUGUUGAAGAACAUCUCCCUGUACCCUUAAUGGAGGCAACACUUGAAGUAAGUGAUGCUGUUUCAACUGAAUUAGUCUCGCAUAACUUUACAGGUGAAACCGAAACUGCAGGACUUGGGACGGAUGUGGUCUAUAAAGCUGAAAUUAAGGAACUGAAGACUGAGUAUCUGAAAGUAAUUGUAAAUGAAAAAGAAGAGCCUCUUGUAGAAGAAUCCAAGGAAACUCAAAAAGAGGAACAUACAUCUAGUAUUGAAUGCAGAAUGGUGAUUGAGAUUAUGCAAAGUGAAGACACCCAUGAACCUGAAACGGAGUGUCCACUGCAUUUUGUGUUAGAUGAGCCUGUUUAUGAAGGACAAGUAGCUGCUGAACCUGAAAAACAGCUGACACCUUUAGAUGUUGAAUUGUCAGCUGCUGAGUUUGAGCGAGCUGCACCCACGGAAGUAGUUGCAUCUUUGACACACGGUGAUGUGGAAAACGAUCCUGAUACUACCACAAGUAAAGAGGUCAAAGCAAUUGAAAGCAUUGCUUCUGCUGUGGAGUGUCUGGAAACCAGAGAGACUGUUAGUAUUGUAAGUCAAAUUUCAGAUCACAUUCAGUCAGAGACACUGGAUUUGGAAGAGAGUUUAAAAUUCGAAGCAGUUGAAUCAGUUGUAGAUGUCUGUGAAACAAAAGUUGAAGUAAAAGAUGCAGUCUUAUUAGCAAGUGAUUCAGCGGUGACCGUGGAGGACAUCAGUGAGAAAACAGAAGAAAAUGAUUAUGAAAAAAUGGCACAGCUGGACAUUAAGGAAAUUCAUGUAGAAGAAGAGACUGUGGAUGCUGUUGCUUCAGACAUUGUUGAAAAUAUUGAGGUUGAAAAUAUGUCAGAAGCUGUAGAUGAAUUAUUAGCCAGAGAAGAGUUGCCAGCCAAGGAAGUGUCACUUCCAGAAUCAACAUUAGUUGAAGAGCUCCAUAAAGAAGACACUGAUAGAAAUUUGGAUGAUAAGAAAGUGAAUGACAGUGCAACUGACAGAAUGGAUGGGAUUUUUGUGAAAAAGGAUGAAGAACAUGGAGUAAAGGAAGGGCAAACUUUAACAAACACUGAAAGCAAUGAAACAGAGAAUGAAGAUGUUUUUGUUCACGCAAGCACUACUGAUGAAUCUCCAGAAAUAAUUGUUGAUGCAGGAAGUGAAAAUGGAUACAUGGUUCAUAAAAUAAGAGAAUGCACGGUUGUUCCUGACUGUUCAACAGAUAUAUCUGAGAGCACAGAAACACCAGCCAAGCUUGAAGCUAUUUCUGAAGUCAUACUGAAACCUCUAGAGAUGGUGUUGCCAGAAGUAGAAGCAAAACCUUUAGCAACAGAAAUUGUGGUUUCUCAAACAGGAGACUGGAGUCUAGAUACCAAACCAAGUACAGAGAUUCCCAAAGAGAAUGCACAACCAGCGACAACUGAGAAUAUUAAAACUGGUAAAGUUUUAGAGAUGGUUGCAAUUAUUGAGAACACAUCAAAACAGUCUGGUAUAGAGAAGUCUGUAGAGUCUGAACCUGUAACACAGUUCCUCGAAAAAUCUAAGCUACCAAAGGCAACAGAACAAGAGGGUGAAGCAAUAGAUGGGGACCAAGCCCCAGCAACGACAUCAUCAGAAAUGAAAGAAAUGGCAGUUACAGAUAAAAGAGAUGAAUUGGCUGUUGCUCCCAAAUCAGAACCAGAAGGGUUUGAUUCAGAGCAGACUAUGACUGAAGUGGCUGCAAUCACAGUGCUGGCACAAAAUUAUACUGCUACAGAAAUAGAAGUUAGUAAUAUGAUCGAACAGAAUAAUGCAGCAGAUGAAAAUGCUAGGCUUAAAUGUGAACCUCUUGAACAGGUGACAGAAAUGAAGUCAAAUGAGUUGCAGGUAGACAAGACAGAAAUUAAAGAUGAAAUACCAGAAGUAACGGAAAUUGCACAGGUAUCACCACUUACCUCUGAAGUUACAUCAGAAAAGCCAGAAGUUGCUGUUUCUGAGAUACAAACAGAAGUAGCGUGUGAACUCAGGGCAGAGACGCUUGAAGUGACAGAACCAAAGGUAGAAAUUCCAGUGGUAACAGAAGUGAAAGUAGAGACUGUAGCAACUGAACUGAAAGUGGAGACACCAGUUGUCACAUCAUUGUUUACAGAACUAGAACUAGAAACACCAGAGGUUACAUCUAUAGUAAGAACAACUGAGAAUCUCACUUCUGCUAUGUCACAAAAUCAAAACAUAGAUACUGACGCAUCAAUGUUGACGACAGUGAUCAAAGAACAAGUGGUGGAGAUUCCCACUGUUGUUUCUGUGGUAGUGACACCAGCUACACCUCUAGAUGAAACACCUGAUGUAACUCUAGGCAAUGACUCAAAGGAUGUACCUCCAGUAAAAGACACACCUUCUGUGACUGACGCAGUAGAAACAGCAAAUGUUGGUUCAGUGAUUGUGAGGACUGCUGUGGCCCCAGUAGUAGAGAUACAGAAUGUGAUUCCAGUGGUCGCAACACCAGAUCUGGGUUCAGUAAUAGUAACAGAAGCUGCAUCUCCAGUAAUAAGUACAGCAACAGUGACUACAGUAGCAGAAGCAACAGUUGUGAGCACAGUUGUAGAAACACCUGUUUUUUCUGUCACAGCAGUAAAAUCUACUCCAGCCGUGGUAGAAAUCCCAGCCACAGUAACAUCUGUUCUGCAGACUCCGGCAGUUGUUUCAGUGGCAGAGAUCCCAGAAGAGGAUACACUAGAUGUGACCCCACUGGUAGAAACACCUGUGAACCAAGUAAUUGAAGCUCCCAUUAUUUCCAUAACAUCAAUAAAACCAACUGUACCUGCAGUGACAAAGACACCAGUCACUGAGAUACCAGCUAUGAUUUCAGUGCCAGAAGCAGUAUCUCCUGUAGUAGUUACAUCGGCUGGAAUUCCAGUAGAACCAGAAACAAUUAUGAUUCCAGAAGUAGAAACUUCAGAAGUAACUUCUACUGUAGAGAUAUCACUUGUGACACCAGUGGUACAAACACCGGCUCAGAUUUCAAUAAUUGUAAAGGAUGCAAGACCUCCAGUUACACCACCAGCAACUGCAGCAUCAGAAACAUCUGCUGUGAUCCCAUCAGUGAUGGUAACAGAGAUUGCACCUCCAGUAGUUUUUUCAGAAGUGGCUGCAACAGUAGAAACACCUGUUGUGAUCCCAUUAGUAGAAACAACUGUUGUGAAGCCAGUACCAAUAGCAGUGGUUGAGACGCCAGUUUUGACCCCAGCGGUAAAGACACCAGGACAGGUUUCAGUGAUGGUAACAGACUCUGCCCCUCCAGUAGUUGUUUCUGCAGUGGCUGCAACAGUAGAAUCAACACCUGUUGUGAACCCAGUAGUAGAAACUCCUGUUUUAAAGCCAGCACCAGAUGCAGUGGUUGAGACACCAGUUUUGAUCCCAGCGGUACAGACAUCUGGUCAGGUUUCAGUUAUGGUAACAGAAACUGCCCCUCCAGUAGUUGUUUCUGCAGUGGCUGCAACAGUAGAAUCAACACCUGUUGUGAUCCCAAUAGUAGAAAAUCCUGUUGUAAAGCCAGCACCAGAUGCAGUGGUUGAGACACCAGCGGUACAGACACAAGGUGAGGUUCCGGUGAUGGGAACAGAAAUUGCACCUCCACUUGUUUUUUCAGCAGUGGCUGCACCAAUAGAAACACCUGUUUUAAUUCCAGUAGUAGAAAGUCCAUUAGGAAAGCCAGCACCAGUUGCAGUAGUUGAGACACCAGUGAUGACCCCAGUGGAACAGACACCAAGUCAGGUUUCAAUGGCAGUAACAGAAGCUACACCUCCAGUAGUUGUUUCAGCAGUGACUGCAGCAGCAGAAACACCUGUUGUAAUCCCUGUUGUGGAAACUCCAACUCAAGUUGUUGUUGAAGAGACACAGGUUGUUACCCAAGUGAGGAUGACACCUACUGUGAUUCCAAUAAUGGAAAGGUCAGUUGUGAGCCAAGUAAUAGAAUCUGCCGCAGAAUCAUCAGCUGCAAUUUCAAUGGAAGAGAAACCUGUUAUGAUCCAAGGGGUACAGACACCAGAUCUGGUUUCAGUGAUUGCAAAAGAGGCUGCACCUCCAGUAAUUCUACCAGCAGUGACUACAGGAGCAGAAACAUCAGUUGUGAGCCCAACAGUAAAGGUAAACCCACCAGUGGAAGUGGCAGAGACACCAGUUCCAGUACCGGAAGCACCUUCUGUGAUCCCAGCAGUACAUACACCAGUUCCAGAGCAGGUAGCACAGAAACCAACAACAGCCCUGCCCUUGCUAAAGGCAACAUCAGUUGUGACUGGGAUGGAGGCACCCGCUGUGGCUACAGUAGCCCCUGUGAUGAUGACACCAGCAAUUACCCCAGUUGUAGCUCCACCUGUUUUGACACCAGAAGUAAAUAAAGCAAUGUUGCAGGUAAUUGAAGAGGAGAAAAAGGAAGCAAAGUCGGAGGCUUCACUUGUGUCUAAAAAUAUUGAACCACCAUUUGUGGUUGCGGAAGAAGUAAAGACAUCAGUUUUAACUGAAGAGUGUGCGUCAGAUGAAGAAAAUAGGAAAGCUUCCUUGCAACAUAUGCCUGUGGUUACUUCAACAGAACCUCAGUCAGAGAUAGAGGAGGAUGUGUGGGAGGAUGCUGUAGAUAAUAUUGGAGAUUCCCCGUGUCAGGUGACAUACACAGAAGGUGCACCCCAAGAUACUGCUGCUAAACAAGCAUCUGAUGCUGCAAUUAAUAGUGCAAGCUAAACCAGUUGAAAGAUUUGAAAGAGUCGGUGCAAGUUUAACAAGCAAAAUUCAGAACAUUUUAUAUCGGGAAGAGGCUGUGGGCUCACAACAAAGAAAUGACCAAACCACUGAGAAGUAAAAUUGGAUCAUUAAAGUUCCAUUAAGCAAAAUUAGUCAUUCAGAAAAUAUUUCAACAUAUAUAACCCUUCAAAAUCAGUUAUUUUGUCAUAUUUUUACUAAGGAUAUUUGUCAAUGUAUUAAUUUGUUAUCCUGAUUCAGAAAUUAGCAUAAUCUUAUGCCAAAUUAUAUCAUGUUGUAUUACAGAUCUAAACAAAAUGUUUUGUUAAAAUGUAAAACAUUUGUACACAUGCAUUAUAUCCUGACCGUUUGCCAUGUUUAGCAUAAGGAAAUAAUUGUAAUUGUGGAAGGAUGCAGGCUAAAAUGCCUGGUAUUUAAAUAUAUGUACUAAAUCAAAGGUAAUUUUGUUUUGUACCAUCAUAUUCCUCUACAUAUGAUAUAAAUCUAGAAGGAAUUUAUUUUAUACUCAAAAUAGGGUGUACACGUUACCAAAGCUAUAAUGAGCAAAUUUCCAUCAAAAGAGAGGUUUAGACAGUAUUCAGUCAAAUCUAUGCACUUAAUGACUAAAAAUAACAGAUUGUUUUAAUUUGUUUUACAAAGAAGAAUCUAAAUCUUAUCAAAGUCAUGAUUUAUUUUGUUGCUGUAUGUCAUUGUUCCAAAUUAUUUUUGUAAUUUGCUAUUUUAAUUUACAAAAACACCUAAUUUCAGAAAAUAUUUGACAAGUUUUGCAUAAAAACUGAAGCAUGCAAACUAAUGUUGGAAUUACUGGCUUUUCCCCAUGUGUGUUUUUCGCCCCCAGAGAAGCACUUUAUAUAUAUAUAUAAAUGUUAUGUGUAAUGAUCAAUACGCUUUGUAGUACUGCAUAUUAUCAUUAAACAAUUUAGCAUUUUUGUUAAUAUUAUACAAUUUGCAUUGCCUGUUUUAGGGGCAUUUGCAUCUGGCCUGAUAAAAUUGUAACUUAUUCUAAUAUAAUGCUAAGAAGUGUUUGAAACCAUCUGGACAAACUGGUUUAUAGAGUCUAUGCAUCUUCUAUGCAGAAAUUGCAAUAUUAACAAUCAAUUAAAUACAAGAGUGUUGUAUUGUUCCAGGAUUUUGAGACAUUUAAAAAUGUAUGGUUUAAUACAAAUUAUAAUUUCAGGUUUUAUUUAAAUAAAAGAAACUACCAAUA